AUGGCUGCCCCGCAGCGGCCGAGGAAGAGGACCCUUUUUACCUCCUCGGAGGGCAGAGGUAAAGAGGAGGCUCCUCCUGCGACUGAUAUGGUAAUAGUCAAGGAGGAGGCUACGGUCGAGGUGCCGUUCGUAAAGGAGGCGGCCGUUGCCCACAUGGUGGUCGAGGAGGCGGGGGCCGCAGAGGCGACGGUUGAGGGGGCGGCCGCCGUCGAGGAAGUGGCUGAGGCGCUCGAUGCUGAGAUCGCGCCCGCAGAGGUGACGCCUGCCGAGGAGGCUGCAGAGGGGACGGCCGAGGAGAUCGCCGAGGAAGUCGCCGAAGAGGCCGCUGAGGGAGCUGCCGAAGAAGCCGCUGAGGGAGCUGCCGAAGAGGCCGUCGACGAGGGCGACGAGGAGGCUAAUGAAGAGGCCGCUGAGGAGGCAACUGACGAGGCCACCGAAGAGCCUGCUGUGGACGUGCCAAGUGGGCCUUUGACGUCCACCCCUCGUCGCCCAAGCGGCAUCUCCUUUUGCUCGCCUCCCCAAUCGUCACCGUCGCUAGCCAUGGUUGCCGCGACCAUGCCUCCGAUGCCGUCGUUCCAGGACUCCACGGUCGUGGCCGAGCCGGUGAUGACUGGAGCCACGGUCGUGAGUGUGCCGAGUCUCCUGCGGACUCCUUCGGCGGUGAUGACCGACCUUUCACUCCCCGUCACCUCCUCCGAUGAUCUUGAGGAGCUAUACGCCAGCCUCCAUGAGGAAGGGGGAAGCUCGGCCUCGGCUCCCUUGGACGAGGAUUCCAAGACCGUUAUUGAACGGCUCCGGGAGUUCCUUCUCUUUGAUGUUCGGCAAAUGACUGCCGGCGGGGCGAUUACGGAGUUUAGGUCCUGCCGACUCGGCCCAACUGGAUAA